AUGGCGCCGAGCUCGAAAGCGGAGCGGGGCGGCCCCGGGGGGAAACGGGGGGCGGCGGGGGGAGCCGGGCCCGGGGCUGCACCCCGAGGCCGCCGGGAGCACCUCGUGAGGCAGCUGGACCGCGUCCGGCUCAGCGGGCAGCUCUCCCCCCGCCUGUUCCGGAAGCUUCCGCCGCGCGUGUGCGUCACCCUCAAGAGCAUCGUGGAUGAGGAGUUCCUGUGGGCAGGGCACAUCUUCCUGGGUUUCUCCAAGUGCGGUCGCUACGUUCUGUCCUACACCAGCAGCUCCGGGGACGACGACUUCUCCUUCUACCUGUACCACCUGUACUGGUGGGAGUUCAACGUGCACAGCAAGCUGCGCCUGGUGCGCCAGGUGCGGCUGUUCCAGGACGAGGAGAUUUACAGCGACCUCUACCUGACCGUGUGCGAGUGGCCCGGGGACAGCGACAAGGUCAUCGUCUUCGGCUUCAACACGCGCUCGGCCCCGGGGCUCCAGGUGAACCUGAUGCUGAUGAGCGACGAGAACCACCGGGACAUCUACGUGAGCACCGUGGCCGUGCCCCCCCCGCGGCACUGCCCCGCCUGCCAGCGGGCCAGGGGGGCACACGGUGAGGCCCCCCCCGCGUGCCUGCGCCACGGCUUCCUGCUGCACACCAAGUUCCAGGUGGUGUACCCCUUCCCCACCUUCCAGCCCGCCUUCCAGCUGCGCAAGGACCACGUGGUGCUGCUCAACACCAGCUUCUCCCUGGUGGCCUGCGCCAUCGCCGUGCACCCCGCGGGUGACAGCAGCUCCCAGCAGAUCCUCUACAGACGCCAGAACCUUCCAGAACCUCCCCCCUCCCCACCACCACCACAACAACAACAGCUCCCCCCCACCCUCCCAACCCCACCAGGGACCCCCCAAAACCUCAGGACCCCCCCAAAUUCCAGCCCCCCCCCAUCCCUGGCAGUGACCAAAGCCAAGGAAUUCGUGGCCGAUUUGUUCCGCAGGGCUCAGGGAAAUGAGGGGGGGUCUGGGGGGUCUCAAACCCCGGGGGGGGACGACCCCCAACCCACCCCACCCGGACCCCCACAAUGGCCGGGAGCCCCCCAGGAGACCCCUCCACCCGAGACCCCCCCUGAACCCGGGUAUGUGAACUACACCAAGCUGUGCUACGUGCUGGAGCCUGGGGACACCCCCGAGGAUUUAGAGGAUGACAAAAUCUCCCUUCCCUUCGUUGUGACCGACCUGAGCGGCCGCAGCCUGAGGCCCCUCCGGGACCGGGACCGCGCCACGGCCCAGGGGCAGUUCCUGGCCGUGGAGCAGCUGAGCCUGGAUUUCGAGUACGUCAUCAACGAGGUGAUCCGCAACGACGCUGCCUGGGCGCGGCAGUUCUGCUCCUUCAGCGACUACGACAUCGUCAUCCUCGAGGUGUGCCCCGAGACCAACCAGGUGCUGAUCAACAUCGGGCUGCUGCUGCUGGCCUUCCCCUGCCCCGAGCACGAGGGGCAGCUGCGCCCCCGGACCCACCACACCAGCCUCAAGGUCUCCUGGGACCUCAACAGCGGCGCCUUCACCACCGUGGGCGUGGGAGAGCUCACCGAGGUCAAGGGGCAGACCAGCGGCAGCGUGUGGAGCUCGUACCGCAAGGGCUGCGUGGACACCGUCAUGCGCUGGCUCGUGCCCGAGGCUCCCGGCCGGGGCGUGCACAGGAUGACCAACGAGGCCCUGCACAAGGGCUGUUCCCUGAAGGUUCUGGCUGACAACGAGCGCUACACCUGGAUCGUGCUGUGACACCUGGGGACACACCUGGGGACACCCUUGGGACAUCCCUGUGACACCUGGGGACGCCUUUGACAUCACCUGGGAUGCCUGGAAUGUGCUGUGACACCUGGGGACACCCCUGAGACACCUGGGGACACCUCUGAGGACAGCUGGGGACAGCUGUCACCCCCCUGGGGACAUCUGGGGACAUCUGGGGACACCUGUGACCCCCCUGGGGACGCCUGGUGCCACCUGGACCCCGCUGCCACACCUGGAUCCAAAUGGACGCAGCCCCAGCCCCGCCCCCUUUGGGGCUUUUUUUUUCUUUUUUUUUCUUUUGACUUUUUCCCCUUUUUUUUUGAUUUUUUGUCUUUUUCCCCGUUUUUUUCUUUUUUCGUUGUUUUCACGCCUCUUUUUUGCCAUCCAGUGUUUUAUCAGGGGAGGGAGAGAGGAGCUCAAAUCCCCCCUCCCCAAAAUAAAAAUUCCAGU